AUGGUAGACGAGAAUGACGACGAGAGAUCUGAGUAUGAUUCUGACUUCUCUAUGUCCGAGGUAAAACAUGUACUUCAGUCGAUGGCAUUCUCCAAGGCAGGGGGCCCUGAUGGUGUCCCAAUGCAGGUUCUCCAGCAUCUCACGGACUCAGCCAUCCAGGAGUUGACACGCAUCAUCAACAUGUCUUGGACGUCAGGAAUGUGUCCCCUCCUCUGGAAGUCCAGCCGGCUGGUGCCUAUUCCAAAGUCAAAACCCGGAGCUUACCGCCCGAUUAGCCUAACUAAUGCAUUUGCCAGAGUUGCAGACCGACUAGUCACCAGGAGGCUAACUCACUUUCUAGAACGCUUCCAGGCUAUUCCGGGUGAGCAAGCUGGAUUCCGGACUGCAAUGAGUGCCGAGAUGCAGUGUUGCUCCUUUGUUGAGUGGAUCUCUCAACGUCAACAGAAUGGUGAUAGUGUCAACUGCGUGUUUUUGGAUGCCUCAGCAGCAUAUGACAACGUGCACCAUGACAUUCUCAUGGCCAGACUUGGAGCAUUGGACCCGCCUGCCAGGCUCACAAAGUGGAUCAAUUCCUUCAUUCGCGGCAGGGAAGUUGACACCAAGUGGGGGUCUACAGUGAGCAAGAAGAGAUCCAUCCACCGUGGUGUCCCGCAAGGCUCCUCGAUGUCUCCCGUCCUUUGGCUUCUGUAUAUGGCGCCCAUCUUCGAUGACCUAAAGCUGCCUAACCUAGCAAAGCACCGUGCGGACUUUAUGCCUUUCUUGUAUGCUGACGACAUCGCUAUCGCUGUCUCCAGCCGUCUGGUCGAGGCUCUCCAAUCUGUCACGCAGGAUCUGUUGAACCAUGUUGCCGACUUCUGCCGGCGCAGCUGUAUCACCCUGAAUGGCUCAAAAUCUGUGCAGGUUGUGAUAUCGACUUCAUAUGCCAUCCGCUGUGCUGCCAUCCCGCAGACCUUGAACGGCACACCUAUCCCUUCAGCUGAUUCAGCUUGCUUCCUCGCCUACUAUGGUCUUGCCACCAAGCAAGGUCAGCAUCAUCUUGAUGUUGCCUACAAUAGCUGUCUCCGCCUCUCCACUGGGUGCACGAAGACAACACCUACGAAUCAACUACGUGAAAUAGCUGGUGCACCAACUAUCCAGCUGAAAGGCGAGCGCCAGGCGGCCUGUAUAGCUAAUAUCGCGAAGCGUCAUAGUGCUCCUACACCAGCUAGUGCCGUGUUGCAGUCAACAUACCCUGUUCGGAUCCGCAAAACCAAGGAGACAUGGAGACAAAUGGCAGAGCGGCAUCUUCCACCAUCCCCUGCACCUCUGCCAUCCCGUCCUCCACCCUGGUCCUCCGUUCCAAACCUAUCUGUUUUCAAGUCUGCUUGCACCCGGUCUGACCCUCCUACUGUACGACUUGUAGAGGCACUAGCAUGCCUGGAGGAAGCCUAUUGCUCCUGUUGUUCCUCGCGACGUCUAGACAUUUGGACAGAUGGCAGUGUCUCUGACACCAACGCUGGUGGAGGUGGUUUUCUUGUCAUGGAAACCACUGCAACCCAGCGGUCAGAGAUACUGUCUGGGUGUCUACCAGCUGGCGCUGUCGCAACAUCCUUCACUGCCGAAGUAGCAGCAGCAGCAGCUGGCCUGAGGGCAGUCUACGACCUUACCACCAUGGAGACGGACGUUGUGCUGGGCACGGACAACCUCUCCCUCGUAGAUGCCCUCCGUGGAGACCCAUACAGGAUCAGCCCAGACACCAUUGCUGCGUUCGAUGCUCUGACAGAGGUUGCUCGGAAGGCUCAUUCCAUCAACCUUGUCUGGAUCAGCAGCCACUGCGGUGUUGCUCCCAAUGACAAGGCGGAUCGCCUUGCGCGGAAUGGAACACAGUGUGUACAGGCCCAGGUUCAGCUACCUAUCCAAGCUGCCAAGGCUUCAAUUCGGUCUGCAACCACAUACCCCCGGCCAUUACUCAACACCAGCAAGUUCCGCAGCCCUCCGUCCCGGCAUGAGACCACCAUCCUCAAUCAGCUGCUCACUGGCCAUUGCAGCCUGCUGAAUAAGUACUUGUUCCAGAUUGAGGCGGCACCUUCACCCGACUGCACUCACUGUCCUGGAACAGUUGAUGAUGCUGCCCACCUCCUGCUAGCUUGCCCUGCCAGACACAGCAGUCGAGCAGUUACCGAAGAAGAAGAAGAAGAAGAAGAAGAAGAAGAAGAAGAAGACCUGACUAGCAGUGUCAGAUCCGACGUUGACAGCUCAAACAACAAGCCGUCCAACUCCCGUACACAUGGUACACCCAGACCCAGCUCGGAGUUGACCCCGCCACGUGUGGAUCGCUUGCCGAAAUUUGAAGAGAUGAGUGAGGAUUCGGACGCCACAUGGCGACUCAUCACCUCCACCAAACCCACUGCGAAGAAGAGAGUCUUGUUUGUCGGAAAUCUGAUGCAUGCAAUUACUGCAGACCAGCUGAAGGAGUUCAUCGCAGCAAGAGCAGCUGAGGCUGACCACAAUGUCCAAGUGUUUGACGUAAAAAUAUUUCAAAAAGAAAAAUCCUCCACUGCGCGUAUUGUUGCCAGUGCAGCGGACGAAUCGUUUCUCAGCAAUAAGCGCUUCUGGCCAAGGCCUGUGUACACAAGAGAGUGGAACUUCGAUAAGUACACCCAGUCUGAUGCCAGUGGAGAACAACAAACAGCGCAGAGCAGCACCACGACCACCAACAGCAGCAGCAGCCGCACGGACGACAGUAAGAGCGGAUACGGCGUGGAUUGCGAUAUCCUAGAUGACACCUGUGGAGCACCGGCCCGGACUCCAGGCCAGAAAUCACGGGGCUAUCAGCGUGACUCGCCGCCCGAGACGCAAGCUGCGAAGUUUAGUGUCACUGUUGGCAACGCAUUUGCAUCUCUAAGUCAGGAUGUGGAUAAUAUAUCUGUGCAAUGA